GCAAGCAACAAACUUUGUGUUAGAUAAAUUAUGAUGGAUGAGUACUCCAAAUCCAACAAAAAAACAAAUAAAUUAGAGAAUCAAAAACUCAUGAUGAAAAUUAGCACAACAAAAAAUGUGAGUGGCAUUGGUUGUGUAAUUUUGUUUGGUGGAGCAUUAAUAACAGCUGCUGCUAUGGGUUCUGCAUUUUUUAUUUCAAGAAAAAACAAGAAAUCCACUAAGAAUGUUACAAAGAAAGAGGGGAAUGAGAAGAUUGAAGAUGAAUCAAGUAAUAAAGGGCUUCAUUUUAUUCUGCCUGAACAACAACAACCUUCCAGCAAUGUGACUGACAAGUUAUGUCACAAUGAUUCCCUCAAUGUUAUAGUCUCUGAUCAUCCAAAAGAAGAAGGAAAGUCUCCAUCUUUCGAAAGAUUGGAGUUAUCAGAGACCAAGAUUUCGUUGCUCCCUGAUCCUGAUCAGGAACUGGAUGAGGUUUCUCGAGUAAGAAUUGAUGUAAUCCAAGGAAAUGAGAAGAUUGAGGUACUAUCGCGUGUGCAUCAAGCUCACGCGACAAUAUUCAGCAAUCCUGAUGCGCAAAUGGAUUAUAAAAGAGAAAUCUUGGUACAUAAUGAUAAAGGAGAAUCAAAUGAGUUGCAACAUACUGGUGUGAUCGAGACGGAUAAUCUUGAGGAGGGUCUAAUUCAAGAACAAGAAAAACAAGCCACGGGUGAUCAAGAAACCAGCAUUUCUAAUGAGCAUGAACCACUCAACUCUGCCUUUGAAUUAAUGAAAGCAGCUGAUGAAGGACAAUGUGCUGAUGCAGAAACUCAGAUCGAUCAAAUUGCCAAGAAGUCUGACGUACGAAUGCAAUUCAGUGAUGAAGAGGAGUGUGCCAAGGAGAAUGAUCAAGCAAAUUCCUGCUAUGAGGAGGCAACAUCAGAAAACAGAUCCAGCAUCGAUGUGGAAAAUUUGGACGCCUUUGCAAUCAGAAAUGCCUCGAUAGAUGAUGAGCAUUCUGCUGAAGCUUAUGAAGAUGAAGAUAAAGGCCAUAUGCAGAUUAUGCUUUUUGAAGAACAAUGUGCUAAUGCAGAAACUCAGAUUGAUCAAUUUGCCAAGAAAUGCGAUGUACGAAUCCAAUUCAGUGAUGAAAAAGAGCGUGCCAAUGAGAAUAAUCAGGCAAAAUCCUGCUAUGAGGAGGCAACAUCAGAAAUCAGCCACUGCGGAACUUACAUUAUGGACGCGCAAAAUUUGGCAGCCUCUGAAAUCAGAAAUGCCUCGGUAGAUGAUCAGCAUUCUGCUGAAGUGAUAAAAGAAACAAAUGUGAUGGAUCCUUCAGGAAGUAGAGAGCAGAGCCCAGAAGCAGAUCAUUCCCCUAUCCAGAAGUAUAGCUUCGAACAAAAUUGUCAAGGAAAUGUUUUAGACGAAGAAAAUGAGGCCUCAAAGAGGCUAUCUAUGGACAUUGAUGUAGUGGAGAAGGAUCUGGAAGCGCAUAGCAAAGAAAUGAAGGAUGACAUAGAAGAAAGUGUUUUUGUUUAUGAAGAAAAAGAAGAUGUUGAUGACAAUGACAACGACGUAGACAAAGAUGAUGAUGCACAGGAAGUUGAAGAUGACAUCUUGGAAGGAGCAAGAAACUCCUAUGAGCAAUCCAACAGUGACAAAAUUUGGCCAGCUGACUCAAACCAGGAACAUCUAUUGGAACAUAAAGUAGAGAAUAUGAAAGAAGAGGAAAAAGGAACCAAAAUUAAAGAAGAUGAACUAUGUAUUGUAGAAAAGUGCAAUUUGGAAAGCACACAGAAUGAUGUCGCUAUAACAAGUUUCCAACAGAGCUAUGAUGGCAAAGAUGAUUCAACAGUGAAUGUUAUUGAUAACUAUCGAACGAAGCUCAUGUACCUGAAUGAUAUAGCUGCAAUCACCAGGAGAAGGAGAGUGCUUUUGGGAGCACUACUAGUGCUAAUCUGGUACCUUGUGCUUAAAGGCAUUCUUCCUUCUGUUAUAGGCGAAUUCAAGAUUUUAAAUCAGUGAAUGCGAAAUAAUAUUGCACUCACUAAUAUAAUAGGUGUCAGACUAGACAUAAAUAAAUAAAUAUAUCAAUAGUUUGAGCGGAAAAAAGGAAUGGUGUACGUGCACCUCCUGCAAUGUAGACCAAGCGCUGCCUACGAGAGGAGAAAAAGGAUGGACAUGUUAAGAAAGUGAAAUGGAGUACACAUUAUGAAAUUUGGCUAUAUGGAGCACAAGAUUUCUCCAAGGAGAUCAGUAUAGAGCCAUAGGAAGUCUGAUGUAACAGACUCAUCAGCUUACAUCUUUUUCUUUGACUUGCUCUUAUGCUUUAAACGCAUGCUUAACGUAACUGAUUUUGUUGGACAAGUGUAUUUUUAAGCCUAUUAUUUGAAGACAAAGUUAGAUCCAAUUUGUAUUUCAUUGUGACAA